AUGGCAGACAAUAAUGUUGAACAUCUUUCCGUGGAAGAGGCUUUUGAGCAGUUCUGUAAAGGAGUUUCUUUUUAUGAACCCUUCUGGGAUCAUGUAUUAGGGUAUUGGAAGGCAAGCCUAGAGUGGCCAGAGAGAGUCCUGUUUAUGAAGUAUGAGGAUAUGAAGAAGGAUUCACCAUUUCAUCUCAAGAGGUUAGCAGAGUUUAUGGGCUGCCCCUUCUCUUCAGAAGAAGAAAGGCAAGGCGUGGUGCAUGAAAUUCUAAAGCUUUGCAGCUUUGAGAAUCUAAGCAACCUGAAAGUGAAUAAUACAGGAACAUUCCAGCUAGGCAACCGUAAGAUUGGCAAGCAUAUAUUCUUCAGGCAAGGUAAGGUUGGGGAAUGGAGGAAUCAUCUCACAAAUGACAUGGUGGAUCGCCUUAACAAGAUCGUAGAGCAAAAGCUGUCUGGUUCUGGUUUGACAUUUCAUGACUCUGUGGAGAGAUGA